GGGAGAAGGCAUUCCUCUCAAAACCCGUCGGCUGCGACGGUCCUCUCGUCGUCCGGUACCGGGUUCCCCGCUCUCCCCGCUCUCCCCGCCUCGCGUGCGCGUAUCUGUCACUGCCACCCGCAGCGCUCAUCGUCAUUCAUCUUGACUACCGGUAGCCUACUCAAACGCUACCAGCAGGUAGAGCGGUGGAGCUUCCUGGCUGCUCAUCCGAUCACCUGCCGGGCGACGUUCUUUUUGCGCGCGAGGAUUCUACUUCGCCGGGCGGUUGGCCUCGUCGACUACCGCACGCAGCGCGGCACGAGCGAGAGAAAGGGGGAGGCAAGGCAGAUAGCGGGAGCAUCGGUGAAUCGCCAGGCGAGACUCUACCGCAGUAACCCGCGAUGGCGAACGCCUCCACUGGCAUAGGUGUGAACGACUGUUGCAAGCUGAGGUUUCUGGAGCUGAAGGUGAAAAAGACCGCGCCGUAUAUCAUUUUUAAGAUCGACGAAGCGAAGCAUGAAGUGACGGUCGACCAGAUCGGAGCAUCUGGGGAGAGCUUCGAGGAUUUCGCGAAAGCGCUUCCAGAGGGAGAAUGUCGAUAUGCGGUUUACGACUACGAGUUCACAAAUGCGGAUAACUGCAAGAAAACCAAGAUCUUCUUCAUCUCCUGGUGCCCUUGUACAGCAAAGGUGAAAGCAAGGAUGAUUUACGCUGCGUCAAAGGAGCGAUUCCGCAGGGAGUUGGAUGGGAUUCAGUUGGAGCUUCAGGCAACUGAUGCGUCAGAAUUGGAUGUUGAAUUGAUGAGGGAGAAAGUCUACUGAAGAGGUGUGUGGUCCUGGAGGCCUCUCCGCUGAAUCUAUGGGAGUUGAGGUCUGGUAAUGAUAUACCUACAUAGUAUCCGGGUUUUGUUUUGGGAACAAGUUUGCCGACGAGGUGGGGCAUUGUGAAUGGCGGCUUAUUUCUGUGACCUCGGGUCUUCGUGCAUCUCAGCGUCUAUAGAGAGUGUCGAUGGGACCUGGUAAGUAAUCGAAGGGGAAUCACUUAGGCAAGGGACUGUGAGGGACUGUGAGGAACUUGUAUUGCAAGUGGAGAGGGGUGUAUUGCUGGGGAUGGGCGGUGUGUCUAGCCUGGAUGGAGAGAGAGAGAGAGAGAGAGGAUGGCAGAAGGCGAGGGUUCAAUAAGGUGGGGGUAAGUAACGGAAUCGUUUGUUGUGAGAUGUGACGUGGAGUGAGGGGAGACAUGUGUUGUGUGUGAGAGAAGCGUGGAACCUGUUUGGACUCCAGAUGGAAUUCACCCAUUGAAGAUCCUCCGCACAUAGAAGAGAUGGAACAUGGGUGGGAGGUGGUGCCCGUCGUCUGUUGGCAUCAAAGUCUACAGAGCGUAUUGGCAUCGGACCAGGGUGCCUCUUUUGCAAAGCUGUUUAUGGCAGUGUGGGUAAGAGGUCGGGAUCGUGGGAAUUAUUUGGUGGUUUUGGUGCUGAUCUGUCUUCUUUUUUUUCGUCUUUUCUAUGCCCUGUUCUGCUUAAAGUGGUGGUUGAUGGCCAGAAUGGGGCUACAUCUUUAAGGGUUUUGAUUGCAGUUCGCUGGAUUGUAAUAGUCACUGUGGUCAAUUCAAUGUCAGCGCAUGAGCAUCAGUGCUUCUGAGGGCUUGUGCUCCUGCUCAGACAUGGCGGCAUAUUCGAGCACAACAGAUUAUUUCUUGCCUGUUUAGGCUUUGACUCCGUCACUUGUCUGGUAGAGAUGGAGGUGGCAAUUUAAAGCCCUCUGCAUGUGUGUGUGUGUGUGUGUGUGUGUGUGUGUGUGGAUUGCAGGGUAAUAUGACAGCAAACAUGACAACACACUCGGGAGUGAAAAACGGUGAACGGAAAAAGUUUGGUACAGAAGCCAAGUUCGUUGCCGUGUUUGCUUUUUUUCUGUGGUUUUGCGUGUAGCAAACAUGGCAACGAACACACACACACUGCAUUAUGGAAGCGGAAGGCAUGGACACCUGACUGCGUACGGAAGCCUGUGCGUGUGGACGUAUCCAACGCCGUCACUUUAUUUCCCCAUCAAGCAGAGACCUACCACCAGUGCAUUAUGCCACUGGCAGCAAUGGGUUGUCAUAGAAUUGUCUCGAGGGGAGAGGAAAAGUGCUGCAGAGCCCUUGUCGAAUAACAUUUCAGAGGCUUCUUUAUCCAUGGACUUCCUUUUCGGGGCGCGAUGGCCCAUGUGCCUGCCUGCAAUCGUUUCUGUAGUUUUCCUUUGUCCCAGACGUUCUCAGCUCCAUAUAGCAGCAGAUGAAAAAGAGGGGUAUAUGGUGGACGGUGGUGGUCUUUUCUGCUCAGCGUCUGAGGUAAUGAUGCCCAUAUUUCUGCUCCUUCCAUUCCGUACAUUGUUGGGCCUCGUGGGCGGGCAAUGCGAUGUGUGACAUGGACAGCAUCCUGUGAAGAUGCAUGAAUGUGAUUCAUGUGUGUGAGCUUGACGUUCUUGUUGCUCAUGUUGUCCGCCGUGGAAGGGCGUUAGCUUUGUUCUCCUCUUGAGCUCGUGUCCCCUGAACGUUGUGUGCACACGUCCCUUCCGCCUUGAUUGCUAUAAAAGAUGUCUUACAGCUCUGAAGAGACUGAAGACUCUGAACGUUGAAACCUCCAGUGCUUCUUGAAGUUGUGCCCGUUAACAAGCCACAAAUU